GUGUGGGAGUAAAAGCAGGAGCCCACCAUUUGGGAACUAACAGAGAGAGAAAAUAUUGUAUGUGUAAAUUGAAAAUCUAGCAAUCACCUGUGAGCUUAUCAACUCAAAUCACCUUUCGUACUUGGUAUCACAAACUUGAGUAGAUAUUGACUCCCAUUCCUAAGUAUAAUUAUAACUUAAAACUAAAGCCAAUAUGCAGCAUAUAUAUUCUAACACACCAUUCAGAACUCAUAACUUGUUUCAACAUGAAGGAUCGAUUGGAGAGAUUCGUACUCCUGCCCUUUGCUGCAGGUUGCAUCUCGGAAUCCAGUAUUCCGGUUGUGAUGCACCAUUCUAAAAGAUCAAAGCAUGAAAAAGUUGAAGAGGGAAAGAAAGACGAGGAAGAGGGAUGUUUGGACAAUGAGAAAAGUUUAUCGGGUCAAAACUGGAAGACCAACCUCCCAAAAUUCCAGAAGGCGUUCAAGAACUUGUCUCAGUUAUUUGUGUAUAAAGAUGAGCAGGAAGCAGAAAUGGGGAUGGAAAUUGGAUUACCAACAGAUGUGAAGCAUGUGAGUCACAUAGGCCUUGAUGGCUGCACGAGUUCAAUCUUUUCAAUGGGCUGGGCUGAACAGGAGUUGAUCGAUCUCCAUUCUUUCAGAGCUGGAAUUUUCCAUCAAAGCGCAAGCUGAAACACCCAAGAUAAUGAGUUUGCUAGAAACCAAAUGUCAUUCUAAUAAUAACUCCAUUGCCCAAUGAGAGUGUCACAUUGAUACACUGAAAUCUAAAUGUAUGCACCAGCAAACAGCAUCUUAGUUCUACCAAUUUUUUUUACUUGUUGGCUCUAGUUAUGAUUUGUUGAGUGAAGCUAUUCAAUAGAUACAUAGGAGAGUUAUUAUACAGAAAAAAAAUGUAAAACACUUACUGAAGUUUGAUUUCCAUUGGAUUUGCAUGGGA